AUGUCGUGGCUAUCCAACUCCAUGACCGGCUUGGUCGGGCAAGUGCGCUCGCUUACCGAGGACAUUCUCACCGAUGAGAGCACCGAUGGCUAUGUUGACCCUGAAACACUCCAGUCGCAACUGCAGGACACUCAACGGCAGCUCGUCGAGUUGUAUGAUACGGCCAUGCGCCUGCAAGAGGAGCGUGAUCGCCUCAUUGAAGGUCGCGACACGGCCGAGCGACGGGCUGACGAUGCCGAAUCGCAAAUUCACACCAUGUCCGAGCAAUACCGGCAUCUGAUUGAGGAGAAGCAAGCCGAAAUCGACACAUACAAAACGGUUGCAGAGCAGAUGCGUCAGGAGCAUGCCUCAACAGCUCUCGCCGAUCUGGCUCAACACAGUCAAUACAAAGUCGACGAAGACAUCAGGGAGUGGCGCACACGGGUUGAAGAUCUUGAGGAGCAGCUGCGCUUAGUUGGUGAUCAGCACCAAGAGGAUAUGGUGCAAUUGCAGCAGCAGCAUGCCAGCCAGUUGGCACAGAUGAAGUCUCGCCUACAGGAAUUCGAAACCAAUUCUGCGAAACAAAGCCCAUCGGUGAGCAAUCGAGAUGGGGAUCGAGCAACGCAAGACGUGCAUUCUGAUCAAGUCGAUGCCUUGCGGUUGGAGCUCGAAGCUGAACGAGAACGCGGUCAGCGGCUAGACCAGCAGUUGACGCUGAUGAAAGGGGCCAAUCAUAAGCUGCGUGAGCAGAUUGCCGAGGUUGAGGAUGAACUUGCAACGGCACUUGAGGCUGGUGCUGCCAACACCAAAACGAAGGAUAGUGACCACGCGCACGCCGAGCUUCAAGCCACAGUCGAUGCUCUGCAUAUGGAGCUGCAAGCUUCGCAACAGAAGAUCUCACAGCUCUCCGCAACGCUGAAGCAAGACACCCUUCGCCAUCAAAGCACUGAGCGUGAGCUCCGAGCGCGCUUGCAGGAGCUCGAGCUGAACGGGUCUGACAGCCAAACGCAAGCAGGCUCCACUGAUGCCGAUGUCACGCAACAGCUUCAGACUCGCCUCGCAGACGCGGAACAACAGCUGGCGGAAAUGGAUGAGCAGCUGGCCGUGGUGGAGGAGCGACUGGAAGAUCGUGAACAGGCGUGCCAAGAAGCUGAAAAGCGCGCCGCUGCUGCUGAAGAUCGUUUGCAGCUACAAGAUGCGCAGGCUGCAGAGCGCGCUGUACGCGCCGAAGCGGAAGUGGAAGCCUGUCGUCUUCGUGAAGCGAGUGCUCAGGAGCGAAUUGCGGCGCUCGAGCACGAACUGAGGGAGCUGGAGGCGCAGCAUCAGGAUUUGACCGAGACUCAUGCCACACAUGUCACCCGUCUUGAAGCAGAAUUAGCAGACGCCCGUGUCGCCACCCCUGCUGUCGAGCAUGGUGUGGCAGCUGAGCUCCACGCCGAAAUUGUGGCUGCCCUGGAAGGACAGCUUGAGGAACAAAGUGCUGAGCUGGAGCAAAUGGCCUUACGCUGUGAAGGAACCCAGCAGGAGUUGCAGCAAGCUCUGAGUGACAUUGACGACCUUCAGCGGGGCCAACAAUUGCUGGCGCGCGAGCGCAACGCGUUGUUGACGCAGAUUGAGGAGCUGCAGGCUGAAUCAAAAAAGAUGCCAUCAGCCACUACUUUGACACAAUCAGAGCCAGAAGGCCUGGUGCCAAAACUCACAAUCGCCACCCAAACCGACGAAGCUCCCAUGCCCACCGUGGAGCAAGCACCCGCACAGGUGCAAGAGGCACCCGCGCAUGCGGAGGAAAUAUCCGUGGAAACGUCUGUUGUUGAGGCACUUCGAGAAGAGUUGCAACGCACAGAGGCCGUGUUGACCGCACGAGAAGAGGAGAUUGCCUCGCUCAAGAGCGCCGUUGAGAAGGCUGAGCAACAGCGCGCGCGUCUUCAACAACACCUGCUGCAGAUUGAAGAGCAACGCACACAGCAGCAGCUUGAACUGCUGCGCCACGACGAGCAAGGUGCCUCCGAAGCUCGGCAAGAAGUAGAGCGCCUUCAGAAGGAAAUGACAACAUUGCACGCUCGAGCCGAGACCUAUCGCUCACGUGUUGCUUCCUUGGAAAAGAAGCUCUCCUCCACGGUUUCGGAGAAUGAAGAGGCCCGUGCUCAAGUUCGGCUCCAGGCUGACGAACUUGAGCAAGUGCGUCAAGAGAUGAAUAACCUCCAGAUGGUGCUCGAAUCCUUCGAGAGUGAGAAGGCCUUGGAGAUUGAGGGCGUGCACCAUCGACUGCGCGAUGAGCUUGAUGCUUUGAAAACGCGCGCCGCGCGUGCUGAGCAGGCGCUUGCGGCGGCUGAGCAGGCCCGCGAUGCGGCUCAGGAACAGCUGGCAGCGCAACGAACGCAACUGGCCAAUGCGCAAUACGAUCAGGCGAUGCAGGCGACACUUGAGCAUGACCGUGAACGCCUGCAAAAGCAAGUUGAUGAUACCAAAGCACGACUUGAACGCGUCAUCGCGCGGGCCGAUGAGCACCUGAUGGAUUUGACCUUGCUGAAAAACACCAUUGGCCAGUACUUCAGCUCCUCGGAGGGGCCACAACGCGAGCAGGUCCAGGAUUUGCUGGCAGACUUGUGUGAUCUUCCUGCACUAACGUCUCGCUCUGCACGCGCAGCUUCCCGGCGCUCGCAGGGCCUAUUCGGAGGCUGGUUUGGUGGGUCUAACCAAGGCAAGGGUGCAACUGAGCGAGAUUCCACAGCUCCGCGCCCUGCUCCAACAGGUGCAGUCGCCGAGGACGGCAGUGCCAGCUUUUCCAGUGUUUUUGUGAGCUUUCUCAUGAGUCAUAGCCAACGUGAUGGUGCACAACCCGAGACUGAGGCGUCUACUACUGGACCCUCAGCUGAUCAGCCCGGGAGCACUUCGCAAGCCUCCGCUAAUGCCUCAACGCCGAGUACUCGGCCGAACUUUCCCGCACAUACCAAUACAGCAGCAGUCAACGUCCAGUCCUUGCGCUCUGGCGACCCCAUCAUGGCUCAUGCGCGCGAGGUACCUGUGGUACCGGGUCGUAAAUUGCCCCGUGACACAGACCAUGCACCCAUCAUGAUAGAAGGACUUUCCAUGUCUUCGGGCAUUUCACCACUCGAGACGCUCCUGAACCAAAGCCAUUCGGCGCCCUCACGACGCUGA